GUGAGUGAGGAGGCUCCGCCCUCGGUGUCUGCUCAGGUGAGCGUGUGUCGGAGGAGCAUUGCGGAGCUGCAGGGAGAGCAGAGGGGAGACGGUCAUGUCAGACAGCGGGAACGCACAGUCGCGGGACGGAGGAUCGAGCCGGGUGACAUGCUCGAGUGUGGGCAACAAAGUGACCGUGGUGCUCGGAGCACAGUGGGGCGAUGAAGGGAAAGGAAAGGUGGUGGACCUGCUGGCCCAGGACGCUGACAUGGUCUGCAGAUGUCAGGGAGGCAACAAUGCAGGACACACAGUCGUGGUUGAUUCAGUGGAAUAUGACUUCCACCUUCUACCCAGUGGAAUUAUUAACCCUAUGGUCACUGCCUUCAUUGGUAAUGGUGUAGUCAUUCACCUGCCGGGUCUCUUCGAGGAAGCUGAGAAGAAUGUGCGGAAAGGAAAAGGUCUGGAAGGCUGGGAGAACAGGCUCAUCAUCUCUGACCGUGCACACAUCGUGUUUGAUUUCCAUCAAGCUGUGGAUGGAAUCCAGGAACAGGAGAGGCAACAGCAAGCUGGCAAAAAAAAUGUCUUUACUCUCACACAUUUGGCCUCGCAGUAUAAGUCUAUGUACCCUUCACUGGAGAUUGAUGUGGAUGGGGAACUUGAGAAACUCAAGACGUAUGUAGACAGGAUAAAGCCCAUGGUGAGAGAUGGAGUCUUCUUCAUGUAUGAGGCGCUACAUGGGCCUUCAAAAAAGAUUCUGGUGGAAGGUGCCAAUGCUGCCUUGCUGGACAUAGACUUUGGGACAUAUCCGUUCGUGACUUCCUCAAACUGCACCGUGGGAGGGGUGUGUACGGGUCUGGGCAUGCCGCCCCAGAACGUGGGUGAAGUCUAUGGAGUUGUCAAAGCCUACACCACGAGAGUUGGGAUUGGAGCUUUCCCUACAGAACAGAACAACGAAAUUGGAGAGCUCUUGCAGACCAGAGGCAAGGAAGUGGGCGUGACCACAGGUCGCAAAAGGAGAUGUGGUUGGCUGGAUCUGGUGCUUAUCAAAUACGCCCACAUGAUUAAUGGCUUCACAGCCUUAGCUCUCACCAAACUUGACAUCUUAGAUGUGCUUCCUGAGAUCAAAGUUGGUGUGGCAUACAAAGUAGAUGGUGAAAUCAUCCCACAUUUUCCAGCAAACCAAGAGGUGCUACAGAAGGUUGAAGUGCAGUACGAGACUCUGCCAGGCUGGAAAACAGACACGUCUGCUGCCAGGACCUUUGAAGAGCUUCCAGAAAAUGCACAGAAAUACGCCUGCUACAUUGAAGAUCACUCGGGUGUGCCUGUAAAGUGGAUUGGUGUUGGGAAGUCGCGGGAAUCAAUGAUCCAGCUCUUUUAAGAUGCUGCUCGGCCUGCAUGUAGCACUGGCUGGAUUACGCUCUGGAUUCGGGGACGGAAAGUUGCCUCAUAUGUUUCUUUUCCCACCUCACUUUAGUUUCUCCAUGGCAAGAACAUCAUUUUGUGUCACUCAGAUCAUCCUACAGCCCUCUGAAAUGGAGUAUUUGCCAUAUAUAAUGGCAUUCCUGUGGUAAAUUAAAAAGGGCUUUACAACUAGUUAUUUUUUGUAAUCAUUUAACUGUUUCUCAUCUGCUUUACAUCAUUCUCCUCUGGUAUUUUGAGCUCUCUUAAGCUCAAUAUCUCCAUCUUGAGUCCAUAUGCUGUACAUGUGCUACUACUUCAAACAGGCAUCAGUAGUGAUGUAUAUUGUUGUUAGAUAUCAAUUUUUCACACAGAUUGGGUAAAACGAUUACUUAUACAUGUUAUAUUUAAUGUUCUUUCUUUGUUUUAUCAUACAAGAAUCAACGGUUAUGCAAUGUGUAUUACCACACUUUGUCCUUGUUUUAAAUGGACUCACUCAAGUCAACUUCAUUUAAACAUACGGUUUUUAAAAGACAAUUUAAAUGUUUCUUUACCAGAUGCAUAAAAACUCAUGUGAUUCGAUAUUCAGUGAUUCUGAAUACGAAUUAUGUACAAUACAGCCUCAAAAUGUAAUACGAUUACAGUGGGUGUUUUCUGUUUUUUCUAAAAAUAGAAGCAAAACCGUUUAUGGAAGCAUCUUUAAAUUUGAAUCUAUUUAAUUUGCUCUAAAAAAUAGUAUAUAAUUCAAAUGUGCCUCAAGAAGCAUAUACUAUUAUACAGGUCGGGGUUUUGAUUCCAUUGAAUGUAUGUAAACGUUUGCACAGUCCUCAGAUGUUUAUUGUUCAACUGUACAACUUUAUGCCACAAGCAUAUAAAAGCCACUUUAAUGAUCAGUAAUGAGAUAAAAUAGAUUGUCAAAGUAUAGAUCCUUAAGACGUUUGUGUGAAUUCAGACGCCACCUCAGGAUGUACGACUCUGUUUAGCCAGUAAAACACACUGAUGUUUGAACUUCUUCUGUGGUUGCUAGCUGCUGCAGGUCGUCUGCUUUUCUGACCUCCAGUAGCACAUUUACAGAACCCUUUACAUGUUAGAAAUGAUCUAAACAGAGCUUGCCUAUUUAAAUAUAUGACUGGGUUGUUUCAGAAACCCAGAGUUGCUUCUUCUGUUUUGUCUCACCCUCAGUACUGUACCUUCCCAUACAUAAGUAAUGUAGGAUAAAGUGUGCCUUGUUAAUACAGAUGAACAAUGAAACUUGAAAACUAAUCCUUCGUCUGAUUGAGCUUUUAUUGAGAAACCUCCUUUAGCUUUUUCGAGGGCAUUAGUGUCAUUGCCAUUUGCCAAGUGUACAUGCGUCCAAAGAAGUAUCUUAAUGGAUAAAUGAAUGCUGUGAUAUAAAGA